ACCCUUCUCUACCCAUUACAGGAAACUGGAACAAGCUAGCUGUCAACAAAAAGCAACAUUGUGCGGAAUCUCCAAAUAAAUGUUGUGGUCGGCUAUCGAGCCGCCUUCUGGUUGUUCUGCCUAAUAAAUAUUGCCGACUGAAUCCUGAACAUGGCCACAACCGCUCAGCUGUUCGAGGAGCCUUUUGAUGCAGAUGAGUACAUAGAAAGGUUGGCAUGGAGGACACCCGGUGGAGGCUCAAAAGGAGGAGCUGAGGCAUUUGACCCCAAAAGGCUUCUGGAUGAAUUUACAAACCACAUCGAGGAGCUGAAGCAGCUGGAUGAGAAGAUUCAGCGGAAGGUGGAGAAGCUUGAGAAUCAGUGCCAUCGCGAGGCCAAGGAGUUUGCCCACAAAGUGCAAGAUUUGCAGAGAAGCAACCAGGUGGCCUUUCAGCAUUUCCAAGAGCUCGAUGAGCACAUCAGCUAUGUGGCUACUAAGGUUUGUCACUUAGGGGACCAGUUGGAGGGGGUGAACACGCCUCGCCAAAGAGCUGUAGAGGCUCAGCGUCUGAUGACCUACUUCAACGAGUUCCUGGAUGGAGACCUACGCAGCGAUGUCUUCAACAACCCCGACAAGAUUAAGGAGGCUGCUGAUAUCAUUCAGAAGCUGCAUCUCAUUGCCCAGGAGCUGCCGUUCGACAGAUUUUCAGGUGUCAAGGCAAAAAUCGCAAGUAAAUACCACGACCUGGAGCGGCAGCUAAUCCAGGAGUUCACCGCAGCCCAGCGUAGGGGUGAAAUUGGCCGAAUGCGGGAGGUUGCAGCGGUUCUCCUACAUUUCAAGGGCUACGCUCACUGUGUGGAUGUGUACAUCAAGCAGUGUCAGGAAGGCGCCUACUUGCGGAACGAUGUGUUUGAGGACACUGCGGCUCUCUGCCAGAAGGUGAACAAGCAGGUGGGCGAGGUCUUCAGUAGUCCAGAGACCGUCAUGGCCAAACUCAUCCAAAACAUCUUUGAAAACAAGCUGCAGGCUCACGUUAGAGAGAAGCUGGACGAGACUCGACAUUCUGAUGUGGAGCAGUACCUCAAAAACCUUUAUGACCUUUACACCAAGACCACAGCUUUAGCUACAAAGCUGACAGAGUUCAACCUGGGCUCAGACAAGCAUACGUUCCUGUCCAAGCUGAUAAAGAGCAUCUUCUCCUCCUACCUGGAGACUUACAUCAACAUGGAAAGGGAAUACCUUCGCACUCGAGGCGGCCAGAUUCUGCAACGAUACUACGACUCCAAGAACCACCAGAAACGCCCCAUCGGCAUCAGCGGCAUUCAAGACCUGAAAGAGCGGAUCAGACAGCGCACCAAUCUUCCACUGGGCCCCAGCAUCGACACCCACGGGGAGACCUUCUUGUCCCCAGAACUGGUUGUUAACUUGCUGCAGGAGACACGUCAUGCCUUUGAGAGAUGCCACAGGCUUUCAGAUCCUUCUGAUUUGCCCAAAAACGCCUUCUCGAUUUUCCUCCUGCUGGUGGAACAUCUGUGUGUGGAGCACAUCGACUACGCCCUGGAGAUCGGCCUCGCAGCGAUUCCUUCAUCUGAUGCCAAGAAUGCCAACCUGUACUUCCUGGACGUGGUUCAGCAGGCGAACUCCAUCUUCCAUUUGUUUGACAAGCAGUUUAAUGACCAGCUGAUGCCUUUAAUAAGCUCUUCCCCAAAGCUGGCGGAGUGUUUGCACAAGAAGAAAGAAGUGAUCGAGCAGAUGGAGGUGAAACUGGACACGGGAAUCGACAGAACACUGAACUGCAUGGUGGGGCAGAUGAAGCACGUCCUGACCACUGAGCAGAAGAAAACGGACUUCAGGCCUGAGGAUGAGAACAAUGUCAUGAUCCAGUGCACUUCAGCCUGCUCCAAGGUGUGUGCCUACGUCAGUCGGCAGGUGGAGCACGUGCGGAAAUCCAUGGAUGGGAAAAACGUGGACACGGUGCUGACGGAGCUGGGGGUGCGCUUUCACAGACUCAUCCACGAGCAUUUACAGCAGUACAGCUACAGCUCCAUGGGGGGCAUGUUGGCCAUCUGCGACGUGGCCGAGUACCGACGAUGCGCCAAGGACUUCAGGGUCCCUCUGGUGCUGCAGCUCUUCGACACACUCCACGCCCUCUGUAACCUGCUGGUGGUUGCUCCCGACAACCUGAAGCAAGUCUGCUCGGGGGAGCAGCUCACCAACCUGGACCGGAACCUUCUGCACGCCUUUGUCCAGCUCAGGGCGGACUACCGGUCAGCCAGACUGGGUCGACAUUUCAGCUAAUGACUCCCGGAACGCUCGCUGUUCUCCGUCCAAGGAUAAAUGAGCUUUGAUGAGAAGAUGCACCUUCAAGGUGAUGCAUCAUCACACAGACUACAAGCAGUGGAAGACUGCUUGUAGGCUCCUAAAAAUGUGGGAAAUGUGCAUUUUGUAUUUUUAUUUUCAAUGUUCAUCAAAUUAGAAUUCCCUUUGUUUUUAAACACCAAUUGUUCAUAAAUUCAUGUUAUAAUUAAAAUAACUGUAAUUAUAUCUCUGCUAACAUUAAAAAUAUGUUUUGCUUGUGCCAAAUAUAUAAGUCCUGCAGCUGCUCUUGUGCACAAGAAUCCACUCUGGUGUUGUUUUAAAGGGAAACUGUCAACAACCAGGGUGCAGACACGAGCUCUGCAGUUGCACUGCAUGAUGGGAACACACAAAGGCCGAGCUUCAUCUCCCUAAAGGUAGAAACGGCCAUGAUGCCGGUGUACCAGAAACUUCCAGUUCUGGUACUCAAUGUACAUCUGUGCAGGGAGAAGUUUAUACAUUAUUCAUUAAGGUAAAAAAAAACUUCCAUAAGUUAUUACUAAUUCAGUUUUUAGUGUCCGACAUGACUCAAGCACAAGUGUGUCUAGAAUACAUUUCAGUAGAAACCAACAUUUUGAUCGUGUAAGCUUUGAUCAAAGGGCAUGAAUUAAAAAUGGCUCAGUUCAAUCCAAACAGCCAAUUAGGUAAGAAAGAAUGGAUUUUUCUGACAUCUUGUUGUUGGUUUAGUGUAAAAAAAAAUAACCUAAAAGAGACACAUGACCACCUUUUCAUAUUCUGACUGCCAACCACAAAGGCUGAGUCAGGAGGAGAUCCCAGCGAAGUGUGAUCUGAGCACCAAAGAGGGCCUGAGAAUCUCUGGAGGGUUUGGGUGGUCCCCUCAUGGCUCAGGUGCUUGGGUCACUGAGUGUGUGUUACUGUAAUUGCUCAGAUCAGCACUCACUCAUCCAAGACUGAGCAUUGUUGGGCUGAUCUGCUGCAUUUCUGGGUCAGAGGACACUAAAAUGUUGACCUUUGGUGAUUAAGGCUCCAAGGUAAAAAGGGACUUCUUCACACAGGGCUUAUUUGGGCUCCAUAUCACCUGAGGUCAUGACCCGCUGUACUGCUGUUUACCCCGAUUCAAUAAAAGACGCGUUUUAUCAUCGUU